CAGCUCUCUGUGUAGCUUCCCCGUUUAUCGGUUGAUCAAUGCGGCGGCUCACUUCUGUCUUCCUGUCUCCGUUUAUUAUUUCUAACAGUUCCGACAUUUAUGAGUGAUUAAUUAGGAUCAUGACGGCCAACAGCCGCUGCUCCGCUGCGGAGCCCCCGGGCCUGGAGACCCAGCGGCGGGAAAUCGAAUCUCUUCUGCGUGAGUGUGAGCUCCGCGCUGGGGACAGUUGGUACGUGGUGGAUCGCCGCUGGUUUGAACAGUGGAAGGAGUUUGUGGAGACUGGAGACCAGAACUCGUCGUCCUUCCCUGGUCAGAUCGACAACACUGAACUCUUCGAAGACCUGGACUCAUACCACCUCAAGGAGCGUUUGGUGGAGAACGAGGACUUUGUGUUAGUACCGGCAGAAGCCUGGCACAAGCUGCUGGCCUGGUACGGCAUGGUGGAGGAUCAGCCGCCACUGGAACGCAAGGUGGUGGACCUGCCCAGCACUCUGAAGGUGGAGGUUUACCCCAUUGAGAUCUUCCUCUGCCUUCAUAGCAACAUGGAGAACGUCAUCACGGCACAGUUCAGCCGAGCCGAUAACAUAUAUUCAAUCCAGAGGGCGAUGUGUCAGGCCUUCUCCGUGCCUCCAGGCUCAGAGUGCCGUCUGUGGAUGAAGAGUUCGGACAGCAGCUGUGAGCGUCUCAGGAACGUCCACAUGAGCGUGCUGGACGCCUGUUUGAGCUCAGGGAUGACGGUGAUUAUGGAGACGAGGAAUGCUGAUGGCACCUGGCCGAGCUCCAGACCUCAGAUCAUGAGGAACUCUGUGGAGGAGCAGGACUCGUACCGAGGACAGCCGGGAGUCUGUGGCCUCACCAACCUGGGCAACACCUGCUUCAUGAACUCUGCUCUACAGUGUCUGAGUAACACUCCUCCACUGACCGAGUACUUCCUGCAGAGCUCCUACCUGGAAGAGCUGAACUUCACGAACCCUCUUGGGAUGAAGGGCGAGAUUGCUGAGGCUUACGCCGACGUCAUCAAACAGAUGUGGUCUGGGAGGCAUUACUCUGUGGUACCACGCGUCUUUAAGACGAAGGUGGGUCACUUUGCGUCUCAGUUUCUGGGCUACCAGCAGCACGACAGUCAGGAGCUGCUGUCCUUCUUGCUGGAUGGGCUGCACGAAGACCUGAACAGAGUCAAAAACAAAGAGUACAUCGAACUACGGGACGCUGAUGGGCGACCAGACCAGGAGGUGGCGGAGGAAGCGUGGCGUAACCACCGGCGACGCAACGACUCGGUAAUUGUCGACACGUUUCACGGCCUCUUUAAGUCCACGCUGGUCUGUCCCGAGUGCCACAAGGUCUCCGUGACCUUCGACCCCUUCUGUUACCUGAGCGUUCCACUUCCUGUCAGCAAGGAGCGCGUCAUGGAGAUCUUCUUUGUCUCUCUGGACCCAUACGCCAAACCUGUCCAGCAUCGUGUUGUGGUUCCUAAAGCUGGAAAAGUGUCGGACCUCUGCAUUGCUCUGUCAGAGAUGACCAACGUACCGCCCACAAGGAUGGUGGUCGCUGAUGUCUUCAAUCAUCGUUUCUAUAAGAUCUACAACACUGACGAAUCUCUGAGCUGCAUACUGGACCGGGAUGACAUCUUUGUGUACGAGCUGAAUGUGCUGGAGGAGCAGCAGGAGGAGCAGGUGCUGCUGGCGCUCUACCUGAGAGAGCGCUCUCAUUACAGAGACUAUGGCUCGGGCAGCAGCUCUUACGGCACCUCGCUGUUCGGACACCCAUUGCUGCUCAAUGUGCUGCGCAGCAGCUGCAGCCGGGAGGCGCUUUACAACCUGUUCCUGCAGAGACUGGCGCGCUAUGUGCGACCUCCAGAUCCCUCUGAGGAAUUGGAAGAAGAGGACGAGGAGGAAGACGAUGAGGAGGAGCUGGACCAGACUCAGACCAAUGGCAUCAGUGAUGAUGAGGAGCAGGAAGAUGUGGAGAAGCCCGGACCCUCCCAGACAGAACCCUGCUGCAGUGAUCCGUCUCCAAAUAGCCAAUCAGACGGCACUGUGACAACUGAGCCCCAGCCUGAAGUCAACCACACGCUGUUGUCAAUGGACCACGGUGACACAGAGACCAGUAACGGGUCCAUGAACCAGACUGAGCCCGUCUGCAGCGCAGAUCUCAACAUCACCAACAGCACUGGGGACUCGAGCAGCACUGGCAACUCGGCCAGCAUCGCCGACACCGGAGCCGGGUCAGAACCAACAGCAGAACAGCUGCAGCAGCCCUGCGAGACCACAGAGGAGGAAAAUGAAGAAGGCAAACAGGAGGAAGCAUGCUCUCCUAGCCCACCAGCCAAUGAGCAUCCAGCUAAGAGAAGGGCAUGUCGUAAGAGGAGAAAGAGUCUGUUCACCAUCCAGGCGGUCAACUCCAACGGGACGACUGAGAGAGGGAUGGGAGAGGGAGGGAGCGCUGUGUCCUUCAGUUCUCAGCCUUAUGUGGCCAUAGACUGGGACCCUGACAUGAAGAAGAGAUUCUACAAUGAAAAUGAGGCUGAGAAAUAUGUGAAACAUGCCAGUAUGGAGGUUCCUCAGCAGCAGACGACGGUUCAGCUGCAGGAGUGUAUCGAGCUGUUCACAACUGUAGAAACACUGGAGGAGGAGAACCCAUGGUACUGUCCGGUGUGUAAGAAGCACCAGCUGGCCACAAAGAAGCUGGACCUCUGGUCUCUGCCGGAGGUUCUCAUUAUCCACCUUAAGAGGUUCUCCUACACAAAGUUCACCAGAGAGAAACUUGACAGCAUUGUGGACUUCCCCCUCAGAGACCUGGACUUCUCUGGCUGCCUCCUGAGGAAAACCGUGUCCAGUGAAGAGCCUCCAAGCCGCUAUGAACUCAUCGCUGUGUCCAAUCACUAUGGAGGACUCAGAGACGGACACUACACCAGCUACGCAAGAAACAAGGACAACGGUCAGUGGUAUUACUUUGACGACAGCAAGGUGACGUACGCCAGAGAGGACCAGAUCGUGACCAACGCCGCCUACGUCUUGUUUUACCACCGACAAGACAAAAUCAGAAUACCCACUCUACCCGCCCCCAAUGCAAGCCCCGCCUCCUCUACCCAGUCCGACAUCACUUCCUGCAAAGAUGAGGACGCAGCAGGGCUGAGUGCAUCCUCCUACGUCGCCAUGGAAUAAAACUAAAUCAGUUUGUUUGUCUUUGUCAGAACGGCGCAGCGGGCCUUCUCUUCUGUUCUUAGGUUUUUCAUUUUUACAUUCUAAUGACUCUUCAACUGUUUUUUUUUCCCCCUCCCAGUUCCUAGAAACAGGAGAAAGCACAUCUGCCAGAUGAUAUCAGCUCUUGCUUUCUUCUCUAAAUGCUGAACGUUCACCAGUUUUCUCAGCCCAGUAGGUAACGCUGACACUUUAAUCCUCAGGCUCAAAGACUGAACGGUGGAAUAACUCACAUUAAGACUGUUGAUUUGGGCCUAAACUGAAUAUAGAAAUGCAGUCCAGACUCCUUGAUAUGGUUCCUGUAAGUGUCCACGUUGAGUUAAGCUACAAUUUUUACACCAUUUAAUUUUAUUCAAUAAAUAAAUAUAUUUUAAAAAGUAUUUUAUUAUUAUUAUUUGAUACAUCCUAAUAGUGAAAUUAGAAAAAGAUAAACAAACAUUUCAAUGAAAUCGUCCUGCAAAAGGUUUGUGAAAUUAAACUUCCGAAAAAAGCGAAGAUGUGUAUAAAGUCAACAACAAGUGUUGAUAAGGCUAUUAAGUGAAAAUGUGUUUGCUGGAGCUGGCGUUUUCUCUGAUUGGCAGGUAUGGUCAAUAAUAAAAAAAAUUGUAAACAUUCAAUUAGGAAACACAUUUAAAAAGCAUUUUUUUCCACAAAUAAAUAAAUGAAAAAUGUAAAUGUUGUUUAUGACAAUGCUGUCUUGAAGGUAAGUAAGUCACUAUUUGGAGAAGGACUAAGAAAACCAUACAAAUGCACAUUUCUUUGCAUCAUUAAAUUUAAAUAUUGUCAAAACUUGUAAUAAUUCCAGUGGCACUGUUGGGGUUCCAUAUUGCAGCUGAGCAAAAAAGGAAAUAGUUUGGGUAUUUGCUGAUCUUCAGUGUUAAAAAUUCUAGAAUUAAAAAUCCAGUUUUGACUUUAAUUGUAAAAGAGAAAUUAUAGCUAUUAAAUAAGAGUGUAGCUAAGUUGUUAGGAAUGACCUUAACAUUCUUCUGCAGACAAAAUAAGUAACAGAUAAAUGACUUCUUCUUGCUUCUAAGUGCAGAUUAGUUUCUGUAUAACAGAAGCAAACAGCCGUCAGGGACGAGAAAUGAAUCUAUCUUUGUAUAUUUUGGUUGUUUUUCUUCUAUUUAUUUUUUUAAUGGAAUAAUAAUUGCAGCUGUCACACGACUACAGUUUUUCUUGAAUGAUUUGAAUGAUUGACUGGUGCAGGACAUUGAGACGCUUAUUUUUCAUAUUUAUGACAAAACUCUGUAUUCAGGCAGAAACUUUACUUGAGCUGUUUGAUUUUUCCGGUCUGUGCAGCGUGAUGGAUGCAGGCCGAGAUUCCUCUGAUUUUUAAACCAGCUCUGUGUACAGUAUUUUUGUAUUGUAAGUAAUGUAAUAUUAUCAUUCCUGGGUCGAGCAGGAGGGAAGCUUGGGCUGAUUGAUUUCUUUGGUCUUCCCUGUCAAAUAUCAGAUGAAAAUAUUUUAUUGUACUUUCAUUCUUUUGAUAUGAAUAAAAAGGAUGAUUAUUAUCGCAACAGGA